UUUUUUAAUUUUUUUUUAAAUUUUUAUUUAUGUAUAGGAAUGUUUUGCUUGCAUAUAUGUGUACCGCAUAUGUGCCUGGUCCAGUAGAGGUUAGAAGAGGGUGUCAGAUCCCCUGGAAUUGGAGUUACAAACAGUUGAGAACUGUCAUGUAGGUUCUGGGAAUCAAACCCAGGUCCUCUUGAAGAACAGUCAGUGUCCCUAACCUAUGAACCAUCUUUCCAGUCCCCUCUGAUUUUUGGCAGAGAAUGCUUCAAUUUGAAAGGUAAAAUCUCUGUGGAGAAUUAACUCUACCCAUGGUCAUUUAUAGUUGAAGCCCUAAAACAUAUUUCAUUCUCAGAAAAGUAGGGACAAUUAUGCUUUCUAAAAACAACUCUUAGUUAGACAUGGUAACACACUCCUUUGAUUCCAGCACUAGAAAGACAGAAGUUGGCAGAUCUCUGGGAGUUUGAUGACAAUCUGAUCUAUAUACUGAAGUCCAAGACAGCCAGACCUGUUUAGAGAGACCUUGUCUCAAAAUAAAUAAAAGUAAAAACUAUUUUUUAGGCUGGGCAGUGGUGGCGCACAGCUUUAAUCCCUGCACUCAGGAGACAGGCAGGCGAUCUUCAUGAGUUCAAGGCCAACCUGGUCUACAAGAUCUAGUUCCAGGAGAGGCUCCAAAGCUACAGAGAACCCCUUUCUCAAACAAACAAACAAACCUAUUUUUAGUGUAAGGUUUUUAACUGGGGUAGGACUAGUUUUAAAAACUGAGAAAUAUUGCUUUCUCACUCCCCGGCCAUCUUGGUGGCUGGUCUUGGUUGGGGGCCGUCCCGCACCUAAGGCAGGAAGAUGGUGGCAGCAAAGAAGACGAAAAAGUCUCUGGAGUCGAUCAACUCUCAGCUCCAGCUUGUUAUGAAAAGUGGGAAGUACGUGCUGGGAUACAAACAGACUCUGAAGAUGAUCAGACAGGGCAAAGCGAAAUUGGUGAUCCUCGCCAAUAACUGCCCCGCCUUGAGGAAAUCUGAAAUAGAAUACUAUGCCAUGUUGGCUAAAACUGGUGUCCAUCACUACAGUGGCAAUAACAUUGAGUUGGGCACAGCGUGUGGAAAAUACUACAGAGUAUGCACACUGGCCAUCAUUGACCCAGGUGAUUCUGACAUUAUUAGAAGCAUGCCAGAACAGACUGGUGAAAAGUAAAAAGUUUUCCUUUAAUAAAAGUUUACCAGAGCUCCUUUAAAAAAAAAAAAAACUGAGAAAUAUUACAAAUUCCAGUACUUAAAGAUGUGUUUAUGCUGCCUUGCAGUUGUAUGAUGCCAUUUGAACUUCAUGGGGUUAUUUAGGCAUGUUCUGACCCCAGCUGAGACGUGACCCUAUUGCCAUUGAUGAGAGCUCAUAGCACAAUACUAACUGAGUGUAAGGAACUGUUUCAUCCCUGAGAUGAAUGUUUCCAGCUCUUUGUUAACAUUGAAAGGGUCACUCUGCUGCUGCUCUGAGAGAACCCAUCCUGGGCUGACUUAGUAUAUUCAUCAUUGUUCAUUCUUUUAUCAUGAGUAUGGAUAUACUCAAAUUUGUUUAGCCAUUUACCUAUUUACCUGUUGGUGACUAUUACUCUAAGAAAGAGAAGCAAGGAAAGAACAACAACAAAAACCUGUAAGAAUCUAUCUUAUGAAACUAUGGAAGGGGCAUAUGUAGUGAUGAGCAGAUGAGCAAUUGUGUGGGGCCAGAGGUGAAGAAAGGGUUGUUAUCUACCCAGGAAGAGUGUAGGGAGUUAGCUCCUACGGGUCAUAGUAACUGAUUAUAAGUGUGUCAGGAUUCAUUGAAAUAUGUGAGAACAAAGCAUCUGGCAUUGGUUCUCAACUUGUUGGUCUUGACCCCCUUGGAGUCAAAUAACCCUUUCACAGAUGCUGUGUAUCAGAGAUCCUGCAAAUCAGAUAUUUACAUUAUGAUUCAUAGCAGUAGUAAAAGUAGAGUUCUGAAAUAACAACGGAAAUAGUUGUAGGAUCGGGGUCCCUUCAACAUGAGGAACUGUAUAUAUUAAAGGGUGGCAGCUUUAGGAAGGUUGAGAGUCACUGCUCCGGGUUAAUGUGAUAAAGGAGUCUAAGUUGCUUCCAAGGAAAUGCAGCUCAGCCAGCUUGGUCUGCUUAAGAAGGUCUUGGAGCCAGGCAUGGUGGUACACAGCUUUCAUCCUAGCACUUAGAGGCAGGUGGAUAUCAGUGACCUCAAGGCCUAGUCUACACAGUGAGUUCCAGGUCAGCUACACAGUGAGACCCUGUCUCAAAACAAUUUGGAGGAAAGGAGUCAGUGAAAGGUUUCUUGAAGGGGCAUCUGUCUGCAGAGUAGGACAGUCUGCUGGGGUUUCGUAGUAAGCUUUUGAUAACAUGUGACCUCACUUGAGUUGAAGCGUUUGAGUAGACUGGACAUGCUCUGACAGCCUUUUCACCUGCAUCUAGAGUGCUUCACAGAUGUAGGUUUGACCUUAUAAACACUGGAAGUGUACUUUUUUAAAAAUGUAAUUUUAUUCUUGAAAUUUUUACAUAUGGAUACGAUGUAUCUUGAUUUUUUAAAAAAAUGCUUUUCUGAUUGUAAUAUAUGUUGCUUUUAGAAAUUUAACAAGUACAAAAUGAAAAUCAUUCAUCAGCCAGAGAUAAUCAUUGCUCACUUCUAUCUGUUUUUCUAUAGACAUUCAUUUUGGUUGGUUAUACAUUUUAUAGAGUAUUACACCCUUUCCUUUAUUUCCUUUAUUUAGAUGCAUAUUUAAGUUAUAAAUUUUUAAAUGUAAUGUAUGUCAAUGAUACCUAGAAAUUAUUCAUCAAGAAAUGUAUUGUUCGUUUGUUUGUU